UUGUCACUGUCAGACACAUCAAAUGUCAGAGAAAGUAAAAUCCUUUACACAGUGCAGGCACAUUUUUCAUUUAUAUAUUUUAAAAAAAUCAAUUUAAUUUGUGCUGGACGUACUAAAGAGGUAAAAAUGGACGAAGAUUUACCGACCGACUUCAAUGUCAUCGUUGUAGGAACAGGUGUGGUUGAGUCUAUUGUGGCUGCUGCUUGCAGUCGAAUUGGCAAAGAUGUCCUCCACAUUGACUGCAGUGACCAUUAUGGUGGUUUAUGGGCCUCUUAUAAUUUUGACGGGCUGCAGAAAUUCAUCAAAGAGGUUAAAACUGAGCCAAAUAAACAUUCGCAAGUGUACAACUUGGAAGAGAAGUGGUACAUAAAUAAGGAUCCUCCACAAGAAGAACCAAAGGAGGACAGUGAAGACGGUAAAGCUGAACCCACUAAGAAAGUGUGGUGUCAAGCUGAUUUCACUUCAGAGUACAGGAAGUUCAAUAUUGACAUGACUUCAAAGUUGCUGUUCUCACGAGGUCCACUGGUUGAACUUCUGAUAUCCUCAAACAUCGCUCGUUACGCGGAGUUCCGUUGUGUAACGCGCGUACUCACCUGGCUCAAUGACAAGUUGAUGCCGGUGCCAUGCUCCCGGGCCGACGUGUUCGCCACCGAGGCGGUCAGCAUCGUCGAGAAACGUAUGCUCAUGAAAAUGCUCACUUCCAUCGUUGGUUACAACGACGAGGAAAUGAACAACGAAUUUAAAGACUGGAACGACAAAACCUUCAAAGAAUACUUAACCCAUAAGGGUCUAACUCCAAACUUGAUCCACUACGUUCUGUUCGCUAUCGCGGGCGGCACCGAGAGCAUGCCUUGCUUGGAGGGCGUGAGGGAAUGUAAGAAGUUCCUCAUGAGCCUCGGUCGUUAUGGGAAUACUCCAUUUUUGUGGCCGAUGUAUGGAAGUGGAGAAAUACCUCAAUGUUUCUGCCGAUUGUGUGCAGUGUUCGGCGGAUGGUAUUGUUUGAACCGGCCAAUCGACUCCGUUGAAACAAAGACCGUCGAUGAGGGCAAGACUGUCGUGGUUGUCGGCAGUAAGUCGAAAACUCUGAAAUGUGACCACUUGGUUAUCGGCAUCAACGAAUGCCCCAAGGAUUUCAUUUCGUCGGAGCCAGCGGAAACCUGUGACAUAUCAAAGGCUAUUUUCAUAACAAAUGGAACGAUUAUGGCGAGCGAGAAGGAACCUCUGACACUGUUCAGGUUCCCGCCACUCAAUGACGAACAGAACUGUGUGACUGUUCUGGAGGUUGGCCCCGCAACUGGCUCCUGCCCUAAAGGACUUUUCGUGGUUUAUUUAGUAACGAACAAGGUAAAAGAUGCAGAGAGUGACUUGAAGCCGUACGCGGAGAAAAUCUUCGAUAUGUCCGGCGGGGACCAGACUGCGACCUCCGAUAAACCCAAGUGCCUGUGGUCGCUGUUCUACAACGUGAAGGACACGAGCGCGGCCGUGCACAGCGGCACGGACUGCGUGCACGUGUGCGCCGGGCCCGACGCUGGACUCGACUACGACCGCGCCGUGCACCAGGCAGAAGAAAUCUAUAAGAAGAUCUGCCCAGGUCAAGAAUUCCUGCCCCGUGCUCCCAAUCCAGAGGAAAUAGUGUUCGAAGAUGGCGCAACUCCCGGCCCUGAGUUCCAAAGGGAGGACGAAGACGCAGAGGGCGACAAGGAGUAAUUGCUGUAGUAUUAGUGUUUUUAAUAAUUGCAGCACUUUCUGGUAUGUUACAAUACCAACUGUGGACAUGACAUAGUAUUUACAGCACCAGAUAUAAAAUUACCAUGGAUCCUUUGAUGUUUCAAAGAGGUCCCAUAUGGCUGGUAUGUUUUUAUACUAUUACGACUUUGUUGGUGAAUCUCCAAUUUUAUAGAAAUAAAUUCUGUAGUAAAUAAUAAAAACAAUUUUUAGAUUUCAAUUAACGAAUAAUACGUAUCGCUUUAGAGUUGCAUUAUAAUGUAGGACAUGAUAUAAAAAAUCACAAGUAGUAACCAUAGACUAAGGCAUCAUAUAUAAUGCCAACAAAGUCUGUAUGUUAAAAAAAAUCUCAUCAUUGAUCUCCUGUUAACAGACGAGAAUGUGCUGAUUAAGUUAAGGUAUUAUCCCAGUAAGAUUUAUACGCUUCUUGCUUGACUUAAUGCAUUCCGACUGGUGCGUGGUGGAGUCAGGAAUAUUGAUAUUUUGGUUUUGCACUUUGGUGGGAUGGUUCAAGUAACAUCUGAUCUGGAAGAGUAAUAUCAUGACAUAACGACAUAUCUUUUUAUAUAUGUAACUAAUAUUGUCUUGUAAUAUUAAGCAAGAGAAUUUUUUAGUUUGAAUUGAGAGUUCAUGAUUAAUACAAAAUCUAUCAAGUAAUUUAUUGUGUAUAAAAAACGGACAAUUAAAUGAGCCAAUAUUGCUCUCUUGUUUUAUAUAAAACAGUAUUAUUUAUUAAAUAUUUCAAACUAUAUAGGGCAAAAAGGUUAGCGGAAUGUGAAAUUGUCUAGAGCUAAGAUUGUAUAGGCUAAUGAAAUUGGAUGCACCAGUCAAACGCAUAUAUGUAGCACAUAUUAAUUUUUUAUAUUUAAGUUAUUUAGCACUUUCAAUCAUAUUUAUUGUCAAAACGAAUUUGAAUAUUCAUGCAUAUGCAGCUUGUGCAUAUUAUAAUUCCAUUAAAAUGUGAUUAUUAGAAAUUA